ACAGAGGGUGUUGUUAUUAGUGUACGUGUGUGUGCGCAUGUGUGUUGUGAGAGAGUUGGCCGUGCGGUUGUAAACGUUCCCAGCUCGGAUACCGUCACCGCCUUGCACCGGAGGCAGGCGCCGUGUUUCUACAUGUAAGUUACCGUCGCGGCUCCACAACCGUUGGCCAGCAAUGACCGAGAGCCCCGCGACCAAGCCGGCCGACGGGGAUGUGUGUCCGCGUGCGAAGAACGGACUGAAGCCGGAGAGAAACGGCUUGGCGAAGAGCCUCCACCGCUGCCAUGAGCGGCAGCCCAAGCACCACUGCCGCCCCGAGGAGGAGAUGGAGGAGGAGGUCCACGCAGCGCAGCAUCACGGCGGCCUGUACGGCCGGCCCUUCACCGAGUCGUUCGAGGAGACGCCCAUGCUGGUGGCGGUGCUCACCUACAUGGGCUACGGCAUCCUGACCGUCUUCGGCUACCUGCGCGAUUUCCUCCGCUACUGGAAGAUCGAACGGUGCCACAUCGCCAGGGAGAAGGAGGAGCAGAAGGACUUUGUGCCCCUCUACCAGGACUUUGAGAACUUUUACACCAGAAACCUCUACAUGCGCAUAAGAGACAACUGGAACCGGCCCCUAUGCAGCGUCCCAGGGGCCAAAGUGGACCUGAUGGAGCGAGCGUCCCGCGACUACAACUGGACUUUUGAUUAUACGGGUCGGGUAGUGACGGAUGUGAUCAACUUGGGCUCGUACAAUUACCUGGGCUUCGCUGAGAACACCGGUCCGUGCGCCGACUCCGCAGCCGAGGUCACCCUGAAGUACGGCGUCGGAGUUGCGAGCACCAGGCAGGAGAUGGGUAACCUAGACAGACACGAGGAGAUGGAGAAACUGGUGGCUCAGUUCCUGGGUGUGGAGUCAGCCAUGGCGUUUGGGAUGGGGUUUGCAACCAACUCCAUGAACAUACCAGCACUGGCUGGCAAGGGCUGUCUGAUUCUGAGUGAUGAAUUGAACCAUGCCUCUCUGGUCCUGGGUGCCAGACUCUCGGGGUCUACCAUCAGAGUCUAUAAACACAACAACAUGCAGAACCUUGAGAAACUGCUGAGAGAGGCCAUAGUUCACGGGCAGCCCAGGACUCACAGACCAUGGAAGAAGAUCCUCAUUGUGGUGGAGGGCAUUUACAGCAUGGAGGGCAGCGUAGUGAGCCUGCCUGAGGUGAUUGCCCUGAAGAAGCGCUACCGGGCCUACCUUUACCUAGACGAGGCCCACAGCAUAGGGGCCCUGGGGCCGAGAGGGAGAGGUGUGGUCGACUACUUUGGCCUGGACCCCUGUGAUGUGGACGUCAUGAUGGGCACUUUCACCAAGAGCUUCGGCGCCGCGGGGGGAUACAUCGCAGGGAAAAGGGAGCUCAUUGAGUACCUGCGCUCCCAUUCGCACAGUGCGGUCUACGCCACCUCCAUGUCUCCUCCUGUGGUGGAGCAAAUCGUCACUUCUAUGAAGUGCAUUAUGGGAGAGGAUGGAACAACGAUCGGCCUCAAGCGUGUGCAACAGCUGGCGGUGAACACGGUCUACUUCCGCAAGAGGCUUGGAGAGAUGGGCUUCAUCAUCUACGGCAACGAGGACUCGCCCGUUGUGCCCAUGAUGCUCUACAUGCCCGCCAAGAUAGGAGCGUUCGGCAGGGAGAUGCUGAAGAGGAACAUCGGGGUGGUGGUCGUGGGCUUCCCCGCUACGCCCAUCAUCGAGUCCCGGGCGCGCUUCUGCAUCUCAGCCGCCCACACUAAAGAAGUGCUCGACAGGGCGUUGAGUGUCAUCAGUGAGGUAGGAGACCUUCUUCAGCUCAAGUAUUCCCGACACAAAGUCCAGCCGUCGUUGGCGCGGCCCGUCGACGAUAGCGUGUUCGAGGACAUCGACGACUGAUGAGCCGCUCCUAAAGUGGCGUGAACCAGAAUCGACCCCAGAAGUAACCGAACGGUUCAAGAUGGAUCACAAGUCUUCCACGAGGACCGAGAUGUGCGCAGGGGCCUCCUUGCCACUAGCUGGCCGUACAGUACCCCCCAACAAAAGGAAAAACGCUUCAAUCGGUCGUUAAUUCUACUUUGCCUUACUUAAACUUGCAGAACUUGUGGUGCACACACUGAAAAACAGCACUUAAACUUAUAAAGGUUAUUACUUCUUUUUUGUAUCAUUUUGUGUCAAAGACUUUUAGUUGUGUGUGUGGAGCGGACAAAUGCCAACUUUCAAAAUGUCUCUUGGAAAAAAAACAGUGGUGAGGAUGUAGUACUACUAAAAGUUGCCAAAUAUCAGAAGAUGUUGAGCAGCAGAUAACUACCCUGACCAAUGCAACGACUUGUUCUAAAGCCGUCGGUUGCCUUUUUUUUUUUUUCAGAAAUAAGCUUGUUUGAUUUCUUCCUUUCUACAAUUAGAUGAGAAGAUUAGUCCCAUUGAUAUUAUUGUGCAGUAAAUAUGAAGCUACAUCCAGCAAGCGCUUGGCUUAGUAUAGCCCAAAGAGAAAUGGUUCCAGCCCGUAACUCCCAUGGAUGUAUUAAACUUGAGUCCCACUCGGCCCAUAGACUUUAAAUUGUGACGACGUCGCCAAUUUUCAAAUCGUUCUGCCAAUAUAAAACCUCCAUGGAUCAAAAAUACUUAUUAAAAAGGGUCAUACUGGACCCUGUUUGCAUUUCAAGGUGUCCUGUCAACAGUUUUACAGAUGUCUCUUUUACAAUGGAGGUCUAUGGGGGAAAUGCUUUUUGGGCCCAUGGGGGAUUUGUUUUUUUGCUGCAAUACCACCAGUAGCCACUGGGCAAAAUUGGCUGCAAGGCUGAGUAUCCAGGUCUUAAUAUACAUCCAUGGUAACUCCACAUAAAAGCACAGUCAUUUCUACACUGUUUUUUUUUUUAUACUAAGCUAAUAACCUGCUGGCCCUAGUUUUAUAUUUACCGUACAGACACGAGAGUAGUAUUGAUCUCUUCUCUAAAUUUAAACAAAGAAAAUCGGUGUAUUUCCCAAAACAACUUUUCAUUUUAAAUUUGGGUCAGUGGGCUGUCUGGUUAAAUGUCCAAUACUUGCUAUUGUACGCUAAUUUACUUUGCAUAAUCAGCAUUCUGGAAAAACUCAUGAAAACCGUCAUGAGCUACAGCUUGACAACCUCAUUUGCCUCGGCUAACGCCAGCUCUGGGUCAGUCCAACAGUGCCAACAUGGAAAAUGUAUGUAGGUUUUCUUUUUGUAUAUUCCAACGACAACAUUAAAGUACAUAAUGUAAAAGCGUAAUUCAACCCCACAACUCCAAACGUAUUGAAUAUCAUUUAAAAAUACCAGUUUUCUGAAAUGAUAAGGCCACAUUGCAAUUCAGACUAAUAAUAAGUCACUGCUGUUAAACAAAAGGAAAUAUCUAUUUAAAGUUGAGCUUAAACUCUCAUCGUCUGUUACACUUGGGUUUGGCUGGCCUCUCAUUCCCACAGCUGUUUUGUAUCACCAUCACUGACAUCAGUAUGAUUGUAUUUUUUAUUUUACUCAACCAACUUGAUGUGUAUUUGUACAGUGUUUGUGUUCCAGAUGAAUUUAAUAUCACUUAAUAGUCUAAUACAUUCUAGUUUAUUGGUAUCAAAGCUCACGUUUAAUCUUUGAUCACUUCAGUCACUCCCAAGAAGUACGACAAACAGAACUAAUCUUUUGAUUCCAGACUAGUCUGGAUGUGAUUCAUAUUGUUUUAAUGCCUGGUAAAAGUGCUGUCUUUGCACUGUGACUUAAAAGGCAUUCAUACCUUCAACCAGUGUGAGACUAGAGGUGUGUGUGUGUGUGUGUGUGUGCUUGCUUGCAUGGUUUCAGGUAUGUCUGUGUGUCACUGCACUUUCACCUUGCUUUAUUUAUUUUCCACGUUCCUGUCUUUCAAACUCUUUUGCUUUGUGCUACUGAGCUUUGGGACAACAACACUGUUAAGUCAAGGCAGCUGUGUGGAAAAAAAUAAAUUCCACAUACAUCAUUCACACUCGCUUGCACUCCGACAAGUGUUGUAACCACUCGUUCCGCAUACUAAUGCAUGUACAGUAAGAACGAGUCAUUGAAGCUGCUCUGCACCACAGCCAGUGGUGCCCAAUGAAAUAUACACUGUUCUCAUAGAUGUGACUUUUUUUUCUUUUUUCAUGUCUUAAAACUCCUUCAUUCCAGAGAAUGCUAACGUCUUUUUAUCCUUUCACGGUAGUUGUUUAUCUGUCACUGUCAACGGGAGAUUCUUGUGUUCUUUAGUUUCCUUCCGAUAGAAAACGUAUCAAAACUUUAUCGACAAAUGAUUUUCCAUGAACUCGGAGCUAAGAUUUACAAUGUUACUCGUAUAGAUGCAGAUUGUCUUUUUAAUGUAUUUUUAAGUUUGCACACAGAAAAGUCAUCAAAAGCAGGCAUUCAGAGCAGAUUUUGAUACAAAAAUAGAAUUAUGUCUUAACGAUGCUAUUCUUAAUAUGAAUUAGAUCCCAGUACUGAUUGCUGCUUGAUAAAACUUGGAGGAGCUAUUCAUAAUAUUGUGUUCACUAUAGAGCGACCUGAGAACAAUGGUUAUCAUUAUUACUGGCAUCUUUGGUUGACAGCGCUCGAGUGCGCCAUUUAUAGAGGCAAUUAUUUCAACGGUUUAGUAAAAGUUACCACACAUCAGAGAUAAUUAUUUUCUGAUAUAGUGCCUUUUUGAAGCAAACCAUUUUCUGAUGCUUAUAAUUAGCACUGGAUGUGUCCUCUGUGUUGACUAAUUCCCAUGCAUUUGAUCAUAUUAAUGUGUAAAGCGUCACCCCCAGCGAUGACGUCAGUUGAUUGUUAAAACAAUAAAAAACCAAGCGCUUUUGAAAUGC